GAAAGAAGGAAGGACAGACAGACGGAGAGGGAACAAGGAAGGGGAGGGACGUGCCUAGGGUGUGCGUAGGGUGUGUUAAGGGUGUGUAGGGUGUCUGCUGUCCAACAUGGCAUAUGAUAACAGGACUUUACACUUCCUGGAUUUGCCGGACAUAGUGACAGAGAAAAUCCUGGGUUUCCUCACCUAUGAAGAGCUGGCGCACCUACGGAUUGUUUGUCGAAGAUUCAAUCAAAUUAACCAGAUGCUCUUGAACAAAGGCUUUCGUCAAGUUGAGAGAUACCAAGCCAGAUGCCUGAGAGAGGUGAAGAGUCAGUUACCUCGGCGGGAAUCUGAGCGCAGAAAUCACCCUCUCUUCCGCCACUGUGACAUUCUCACUGCUAUAGAAACACGCCUCUCCCUUCUAAAUAUGACUUUUAUUAAGUAUGUUGACAGCCAAAUGUGCUGCUUCAUUCCAGGGAAGGUAAUCGAUGAAAUCUACAGAGUUUUACGGUUUAUUCAGUCCAACAAAACGCUGCCCCGGGCGCAUGAAAUUCUCACGGAACUCCGAGACAUAUCCAGCAUGGCCAUGGAACAUUUUGAAGAAAAAAUAAUUCGUUCUUUAAAGCCUCCACUUAUCACUCCAUCUCUCCCACGUUUCUCAAUCUCAGGAACAUUUCUCUCUCAUUCAUCAUCGCCAGGGACCAGUGCAGCCAGUCAGUCCUUCAACAAGUCUCAUUCCUUGCCAGCAUCAUCAGAAGAUUAUUCUCAUUUAGCUGCCUCUAACAAGCACUACAAGAAUUAUAUUAGUGUUUUGAAAAAGGAGAUUUUUGACAUGAAGUCAAAGGUUAAUGAAAUGAGACGAAAAUUGAGUGAACAAGAAAAGGUUGACCUGGAGCAGAAUCGCAUCAUAUCUGAGCAAUCCAUUAAGUUAACGAGCCAUGAAGGAAAACUUGCCGAGAUGAACCGAAAGCUGAUGGAAUAUGACCAGCGAUUCAAUGAAAUACUGGGAAUAAGGGAUAAACAGCCUGGGAGCUCUAAUAGUACAAGUGGAAGCUGGGGAAGAGACGAGUCUACUUCCAAACAGUUUUAUGUUUCUCAUGGGCUUCCAACGUCAGCCAUGAGCCCGGCAGUCUUUGUUCCAACCAAUAUUAUACAACCAAACUUAGUCAACUUGGCAGCAGCUCCCAUGUCAACUCCUGCGUACCUCCCGUCACCCCCUCUGACAGGAUUCUCUAGUGGCCUAGCCUUAAAUGCCUCCCCUGGACAAGAGUCUUCUCUCAUGUUGAGUCAUAAUAUUAAUCCACCGGCUGGAUUUAAUGCAGGACAUUCCAAACAAGGAUCAUUUCCCAGCUGCUCCACACCUCUCCAGGAGACCACCUCUCCAGGGGAUGACAACUCUGUGCCUGGCUCAGCCACAAGCAGUGAUGGAGAAGCCACCAAGAAGAUGCAUGGAAAGAAACUAAGGAAAAGAAAGCUCCUAGAGGAAGCUGGAAAUAAUGAUUCUCAAGCUAAACAGGCAAAACUUUGAGUUUAGUAGCUUCAUAGAUUUUUUUUAUAGUGGGCUGACCUACGCAAUUGUACAUAAUUUCUUGUUUCAUAUUUAAACAGAAAUUGCAUUUAGAAGUAAUAUGUUUAUAUGCAAUUUUCAGACGAACAGAUAAUGCAUGCAUUAUUUUGGAGAGAAGUUUGUGAAAUGGAGACAUUUCCCGCUACUCAUGCCCUCCAAGGCAUAUGUAGUUAAGGUAAGCUUUUGCUGAACGUUGACUCUGUAGCUUUGUACCCUGUGCUGCAGCAUCUAUCUCAGCAGUCAACCUAACCAUGAUGGGCAGUUUUGAGACCAGAAGUUCAUUCCUGUUCCUCUUCUGGCUCACCUUAUCUCACCCUUAGAUUUUUUUCUUGCAGUAGCAUUACCAAAUAAUUUCAUUGGCAUAAAUGAAUCCAAAGUUGUUGCUUCCAAUAUUUUGGUGAAACUCAAUCAUCAUAUGAAAAAAUCCUUAAAAUAGAAAUCAUGAGAAAGACACAACCUUGGAAAAUUUUCUAUAUUUUUUCUCUCUUGGGUACUUGUGUCUUUGACACCUUUGGAGAAGUGGCUAAAAAUCAUUCAUGUUAUGUGUUUUUUUGUAUAAAUGAAGACUUAUAAUGUUACAUUAUCUUUCCACUCUAUUGCUCCCGUGAAGGAAAGUUAAUUUUAUGCACAACUUUGUUUUGUUUGCAGUUUUCUACUAUAAUAAUGCUGUAGGUCAUAUAUAUAUAUAUAUAUAUAUAUAUAUAUAUAUAUAUAUAUAUAUAUAUAUAUAUAUAUAUAUAUAUAUAUAUAUAUAUAUAUAUAUAUAUAUAUAUAUAUAUAUAUAUAUAUAUAUAUAUCAUAGGUGGGCAAGUGGUACUUUUAAAAUGCUAGUGGUAGUGAUAGCGGUGUUGGUUGGCUAUGGUAUUGGCAGGAGUAAUAGUGUUAUGACAUUUGGGAAAACGAGCAGUAGAGGUAUUUCCUAGUGGUACUUUUUUAACAAUUAUUUGAGUCAUCCCUUAAAAUGUGUGAAGUUUCGGUGGAUGUAAAAAUGACAAGUAAUAAUGUGAUGGAAAAAUCUAGUCCCUCAAUCUUAGUAAUGCAGCCUAAACACACACCCAAAUUUAGAUAUGGACACAGGACGCUAUGAGCAUAGCUCAUAGAUACACACACACACACACACACACUCUUUUAUGCAAAUAACAUGUGCAGCAGAGCCGUAAUUUCUGGGGGGGUAUGGGGGCUAUAGCCAUGCCCCUUUUGCAAUGUCCCUAAAAGUGCUUAUUUUUCAAAACAUUUCCCCCACCUGCACAUGCUCGCAUUGUUUGCCACCCUACCACACACAUACUCAUAAACCUAUGAUGCCCUCUAGCCCCCCCCCCAAAAUCUGCCAAAAUUACAGGCCUGGCAAACUAGUUCCAACCUCCAGGUCAGAGCUUUGGAAGUAGGUCUGGGCAGGAACCAUUAAUUUUGGUACCAAGGGUUCUGUUAUCAUUGAUACUGGUAAGGGUAUUGGCAGAUGCCAAAACCUGGGGUUCGUAGUAUAGUGAGUCCUCACUGGCUCAGCACCAGUAACUGGGGAUGCAGGGCACCACAGUGUUUGCUACUUUAGAGCUGCUUAUAAAGACCCUCGUGGUAUUGGUACUGACACAGAGAGGAGAGAAGCCCAGGUCAAUGAGUCUACCAAGCUGGUGACCCCUUGCUCUCAGUCCACUGUUAGCCAUUAGGCUGUGUAUACAUACCCCUUUUAGUCACACCAUGGGUAUGAUUUUGCCUGGGAAAUCCAAUAUAUGUGAAAUUGAGAGUCGAGUGUAAUAAUAAUUAUAAAAAUAAUUAUUUGGUAAUAAAAAUGACUAAUAAAUGAAAAAUAAAAAUUAUAAAUAAUGUAAAAGAUAAUAAUAAAUAAUGAAUAUAAUCAUUAAUAAAUAAGAUAUAAGGUAGAGCAGCUGGCAGGUCAGCAUCAUGGCAGCACUAGCCUUGCGGUACGAAGAUACUCAUCCCUCAACCUGGUGACUCAGACUGUCCCAGCAGCCGAGCCCUGCUCUCGAUUCUUUGACACUUGCAUGGCACUUAGCAGUAUUGAUACUGAGACAUUUGGUGCUGGCACCAGUACUGUUAAACAAGUACCAGCAAUACUGGUAAGAGUAUCUGCACAACUCUAUUGGGAAAACACUUCAAAUUGCACACAAUCCCACAUGAAACCAUCACACAUAUACAUACAGGUACAUGACUUCCCCUUCUCUUGGAUAUGUACAUUUGGUAACUGGAAACAAACAGAAAUACUCAAAUUACAUAGACGUACACAAAGGGAUAUGUAUAAUAGUUGACAGCUGCAAGUCCCGACAAUUGCUGGAAAGGUGGCAACAAAUUGUACUUACAUAAAAAGGCAUGCACAAACCUACACAAUAAUCUAAUUUGCGAGCCUUUGGAAAGCAAAACUUAUUCUUUCUUGCUCGCAGAAGUAGUUGAAAUGCCUAAGUUGUGUUCUGCACUGUGUUGAUCAUAGGUGACAUCCAUCAGAUUUCAUUGUCCCUGCAGGACAGCUAUCUAAAACUUGUACAUUUCCACCGAAAUGUACUGGUUAUCACUGCCGCUAAGGCUUAGUAAGUACAGAUGGUACCGCUAGUGUUACUGACCCUGUAAAGUACCUCUGGUACUGAUAGUGGCACUAACAACAUGCUGCCGGUAGUACUGCCAGUACUAUAGUCCGUUUCAUUCUGUCUGUCCACCAAUAAAGCGGGAAUUUUGAUGGAUGUGGCACCUGCGCAUUUCUAGUUUGUGAAUACGUGAAAAUCAACUGUUGUGAUAAACAUUCAAGCUUAUCUUCCAAUAAUAGCACAAGAAAAGACAAACUUGUAUCAAAUAACAUAAGUCACAUCAUGUUCGAACGAUCCAUGGCUUUUCAAAUUCAUUGAUUGGUGGCUCAUUUCAGUUGUAUAUUAAAAGACAUCUGGCUUUGCAAGCGCAUGUAAAUGAUAUCUUAAUAAUUUGCUGCAUGUAAAUAAUGAUUAUUAAUCAAAAUAACAUGAAUAGUAAAUAAUAACGGUUGAAUGCGAUGCUAGGCUAUUUAGAAUAUUAGGCUACCCAUGCUGUUUAUAUGCAGCACAUAAAAAUUCCUUAUGCAUAGACACUUCCAGAGUCGGAUGUCACUUUAUGUACCUGAAUGAGAUGAAAUAUGGGUAUCUGAAAGGUUAUGAAUCGUUUGACUAUGAUCAGACUAUACUAUUUGAUAUACAUAUUGUUAUUUCGUGUGCUUAUAUGGUAGAUUAUCGAUGCAAAUAUAUCUGAAAAUAUAAAGUUGAUCUUCACACAAUCACGAACUAACAAUGCGCAGGUGCCACAUCUACAUUCGUGAGUGGACAGAUGGAAUUAAAUGGACUAUAGUACUGCUGGUGGCACCGCCCACCUUUGAUGUAUAUGUACCUGCUAUUUACCAGGGUUGGUUAUAUAGCAGAAUGUUGAAUAAGAAACCUCUUUUUCUCAUGGGAAUACAUGUACAUGCUAUACAAGGAAGGUUAUGUUUCAGACCACCAUGACACAAGGAAAAUAAAAAGGACAAAAAUA